UAAACAGGUUGUGUGGGGCUGCAUUAGAAAACACGUGACUUUCUGGGUGUUUCUGAACACUCGUGUCACAUGAUCGUGCCAGUGAUUUUGUUAAGUGUUGAAGGCGAGUGCAGUUAACCGCAGAGCUAGCAGACAAGUGCUGAGCCAUCCCGAGGGAAACAACAGAAACAUGGUGCAAAUCUGUCGUGUCCAGUCAUGGUUUGUGGGAGUAACGCCACUCCUCAUUUUCGUGACUGUCCUGCACCAGGGCUUUGCUACUGUUGCCCCGCCCACUCCCGCACCACACAAAGAACCCGGAAGACCUGAAAGAGGACACUACAACGUCACGAAUAACGGCACCAUCUGUUUAAUGGCAUACAUGGGCCUCCAGCUCAACAUCUCAUACAACUCCACCUCCCAGAAAAAGGUUGUCCAGGAUGUGAUGAACUUACAACCCAAUUUGACAAAACACUCUGGAUCAUGUGAUUCUGAGAUCGCGUCCCUGCAGCUCACAGUGGAUGCUGUUAAAACCAGCCUCACCUUUGUCUUCACUAUGAACUCCACAUCCAACAAGUACCACUUAAGUGAAGUGAACGUGUCAGCGGCCUGGCCGGACAUGAAAGAGCAUAUUUCAGGCCAUAACAGCAGUCUGGACUACCUGCGGGGAACCGUGGGGUACUCGUACUACUGCCGUGACGAGCAAACUCUAAACGUGGUCCAGAAUUUGUCCAUCAACACCUUCCAGUUGCAGGUGCAGCCUUUCGCCGUGAAAGGAGAUCAGUUUGGAGCAGCUGAGGAAUGCCAGCUGGAUGAAGAUGACAUGUUGAUCCCCAUUGUAGUCGGAGCAGCUUUAGCGGGGCUUGUUGCCAUCGUGCUCUUGGCCUACCUCAUUGGGAGGAAGAGGAGCCACGCUGGCUACCAGAGCAUCUGAGGUCACUCCUUACUCACAUGUUGUCAGAGGCCUGAACGCGGCCCUAUCCUACCUGAAAAUUAACCACUGUCUUUCGAGACUUGAAGCUCGCCCCUCUUCCCCUCCAUGUUUCUCUCCCUGCCUCUGUGUGUGUGUGUGUGUGCUGUUCUUUGCCCUCAUAAGUAACACUAAUUAUUAUCACCUUGUUGAGGUUCAUAUGUGCUUUCUGAACUGACCCGCUCUUUCUUAAAAAAGGGAAUUAUUUAGAAGAUUGUAAUGAAAUGAGGCCAACUUCUCACUGGUACUAUGUAAAGGAGGGGAUGCAUGUUUGCAGAGGAUCAAUUAUAGUCCUCGAGUUGCUAUUUAUGAUUUCUAUGAAAGGAAUUUUGAGGGAUUUGGGGAUUUAGAAACUGGGGUUUGUCUGUUAUGGAAUGACCAUUUUUAUUGGUCCAGCAUAAAAUGAGGUUUGCUGUUACAAAGGGAAUAUUUCUGCCAGUUAUACUUAAACUACGUCCGACAGUUGAGAACUGAACUGAUUAUUUACCUGCAAGCUGUAUGCACGUUUGAAAGAACAUAUUUAGAAACACAAUAACCUAAUCCUAAAAAGGAUGUGUGAGGAGUCCUCUUGUAGCUCUACGAUGCAUUUUAGAAUUAACUUUCUUUUUUAAGCAGGGUUAGCGUUUCAAAGCUUUUCACUCCCUCUUUCGGACACACAGCAUAUUUUCUGUUGUGAGUCAAUUUUAGUUUCAUUCAGCUUGUGGAAAUGGACUCAUUUGCUUGCUUUCAGAGUUAUGAGACACAUUUAUAUUUACUAAAUUUAAAGCUACAGCCAGAAGACUUAACGUGACAUUAAAAUUGGAAACGGAAACCCUUAAAACUCUGUGAGUAAACCAUUAACCUUGUACACACUCUGAACUUUAUUGAGUGUGAAAUUAGUGAAUAUGCCUGGCCAGACUCGUACUCCCACUGUAAAAUACCUGUGUAUUAUUUUUACAUUGGAUGAGUUGGUCACUUCAUGUGUUGCGGCCGUCAAGGCACAGGUAGCCUUUGCAGUAUUUUCCUGAAUGGCAACUGUCACCACUCACAAUACCGCGACAUAAGCGCUGAUAUUGAAAGAGAAAACGUCAAAACCGAAAGCAAGGAUUUUCCUGAAAGUUUUUCGCACGAGGUCACCACUUUUAAAUCUCGUCGCAAUGUGCAACGACAACAAAAUGGCAGCAGGGGCCAAUGGUUGUGAUAUCGUUUCCGGCACGCACCAAAAGGGGGGAGCAUUAAAACACUGACCUUUGUUACCUUCAGUACCUUCUCCUCUUGCUUCCGUUCUUAACCAACAUGCAGUCUUUGGCUAUAGCUUUGCACUGACCAGCCACAGCAUCAAAACCACUGGCAGCUGAAGUGAACCGUGAUGUUUAUUUAAUUUCAGUGCAGUAUUCUGCUGGGAAGGGUUGGGCACUACAAGUCACGUGGAAGUCUGUAGCUCGAGUUAAAAGCAACUGGAUUUCUUUUGCAGGGACUUUGAAGCUUCUUCAUUUCUAAAAGCUGGUGGAGAGUCAUAGUUGACUUCUGAUCAAGUACUAAAAAAGAUCUAAAAAAGGAACCCUUAGAGCUAAAAAAGAAAAUCCAGCUGCCUUCAACUGAAGUCAAGACAGUUUGUGUCGAUGUUACUUUAAUCUGCAGCAUAAACCUUACUGGAAAUUCAGCACAAACCAGGAUAGCAUCUGCAUCUCCCUGCAGAACAAUUCACCAGACUACACUCUAGAAACAUUUCAGGAAUGGCUUGAGGAACAUGACAAAGUGCCAAAGGUGUUGACCUGGCCCUCAAGCUCCCCAAAGCCCAAACGGAUGUGCCAGAAAUGCACAUCUGUUACCAUGUCAGUGUCCCAGCAGUCAAUAGUAAAUGAUCUGAUACUUAUAUAGUUCUUUGCUACUGAAUUUGAGCUCUCAAAGUGCUUCCUACUACAAACCUCAUUCAGCCAUUCACACACAUUCAUAGGAGUGCUUUUUUCUAUGACAAAGCACUUUUUAAUCUAACCUAACACACACUCCCAGUCUGAGAAACUUAGGGUUCAGCAUCUGGCCUGAGGAUUGCCCAGAGAUUGAAUCAGUGAUCUCCCGCUUAACAGAUGACCUACUCAGCGUCAGUGCCACUGACUCGAUUUUGGUGGCGCAAGGGGGGACGUGCCAUGUUAGAUAUCUGGUUUUAAAGUUGUGGCUGACUAGUGUAUAUUUACUGUGUAGAUAAAGAAACAGUUGACACAAAAGCAACAAAAAAAGUUUGUUUCCCACAAGGCUGAUAGUCACUCCUAUGAAUUCUGUCGUUACAACACAACCAAAACAGGAUCUAACAGCAUUGUUGGUUUAAAUGAAGCCCAAAGCCUAAACAUCUCUGUAGGAACUUAACAAAAUUCCUACAGAGAUGGUUUUGUUUUGCUUGGGAUGUUGGUUCCUGAAAGAAAAGUAGUUUAACUGCAGUCCUGAGAAACAGCCCCGUGUCAUUAUUAAAAAGGCCAAAGUGCUCUGGUCAGUGUUCAUCAGUGCCUUCCCAGCUGUAACAUGGAUGAGACUCAAGUAAUGCUAAUAUCACACAGGAACUCGCUCACUCACCCACACUGUGCUGCCAUAACUGAGACAUGUUUGUGUCUCCCGUAGCCUUCGUGUACUGUUACUACCAUAAAUAUGCAUUGUUCGAUGUAGUAG